UCCGCGCGAGUUUGCGCAGUGUCGCUGUAGAAUCCGCCAUCGAGGAGGCACGAGCGCAGGGAAAGGGUCAGAUUCGGUCUGGGUAGGCGACACGUUCACGUUUCCUCUCGUCGAUAUUGUUACAACUUCAUGGACGUUCUCUGCGCACCUUUCUUGCGUUUUUUCCAUUUUUCAUUUGACGUGUCGCCGCGUCUUUUUCACCGGCUACGUUAAUGGAAUCUUACAGUAGACUCCGGAUAUUUCUGUAGCGAGUUUAAGAGCUACCGGGCAAAGUUAGCUAGCUAGCUAGCGAGCUAGUGGCUAAGCUAACUGCUAGCUCUCUCAGCAUAGAGCUCGUGUGUUGUGUGUGUGUGUGUGUGUGUGUGUGUGUGUGUGUGUGUGUGUGUGUGUGUGUGUGCGCGUUAGCUAACGUUAACGAACCGAGCCUUGCUCUGGAGGCAGCAAGCCUGCGGUGGCUUCCGUUUGAUGGAUCCUAGAAUCGCCUGGUUUCAGCCAGAACAACGCGGACCCGCCAACAGCUUGUGGAUGCAGAUUUGGGAGACGACACAGGGCCUCGGGAGUUUGUGCUUUAAUAACAACUACGGCACGGCCACGACUGCAUUAAACCCUAAAGUGAACGGUAACGGCGCAUCGAGUAACGUGACCGCGGCCGACGACGGGUCUCCGAUCGGCGCAGCUGUGGGCAGCGUCAGCGGUGAGCCGAGAAGUCAGGGGAUGUCCGGUUCAAGGGACGAGAGCGACAUCGCCGAGCAGCAAGACUUUAUUCCUCUGGAAACAAAUAACGUUAAUAACCAGAACAACCGGACUGCGGGCACGGGCACGGGUAGGGGCAGGGGCGGUGGCGGGGGCGGGCAACUCGGUGCUGGUGUAUGGAGAGGGGUCUCGGACGCUGCAGGGCAUCGCAACAAGAGGAAAAGGGAGAACAAGGCGAGCACUGUUGGCUUCAGUAGUGGUCUGCUUCUCAAUGGCUCCGGGGCGGCCGAGGUCUAUAGUGGCACGCCGUGGAAAACCAGAAACUACUCCGAGGGAAUCGUGGGGCUUCAUGAGGAGAUUAAAGACUUCUACGAGUACAUGUCUCCUCGUCCAGAAGAGGAGCGAAUGAGGCUGGAGGUGGUCGACAGGAUCCAGAGAGUCAUCAGGGAACUGUGGCCAAGUGCAGAUGUCCAGGUGUUUGGCAGUUUCAGCACCGGCCUGUACUUGCCCACGAGUGACAUUGACCUGGUGGUGUUUGGGAACUGGGAGACUCUUCCCCUGUGGACACUGGAAGAGGCACUGCGCAAGAGGAACGUUGCGGAUGAGAACUCCAUCAAAGUGCUAGACAAGGCUACGGUUCCCAUUAUCAAACUGACGGACUCGCACACUGAGGUCAAAGUGGACAUUAGCUUCAAUGUGCACAGUGGAGUGAAGGCUGCCAAUCUCAUCAAAGACUUCAAAAAGAAAUUCCCUGUGCUGCCAUACCUGGUGCUGGUGCUGAAGCAGUUCCUCCUGCAGAGAGAACUGAACGAGGUCUUCACUGGAGGCAUCGGCUCCUACAGCCUUUUCCUCAUGGCCGUCAGCUUCCUCCAGCUACACUACAGGGAGGACGCCUCCAGUCCCAACUCCAACAUGGGCGUGCUGCUGAUUGAGUUCUUCGAGCUGUACGGCCGCCAUUUUAACUAUCUGAAGACAGGCAUCCGCAUCAAAGAUGGAGGCUCCUACGUAGCCAAAGACGAGGUGCUGAAAGGCAUGCUGGAUGGCUACCGGCCCUCCAUGCUGUACAUCGAGGACCCACUGCAGCCUGGUAAUGAUGUUGGUAGGAGUUCAUAUGGGGCCAUGCAGGUGAAGCAGGCGUUUGAUUACGCAUAUGUUGUUCUGAGCCACGCUGUGUCUCCUAUUGCCAAGUACUACCCCAACAACAAGACUGAGAGCAUUCUGGGGCGCAUAAUCCGUGUCACUCAGGAGGUGGCCGAGUACCGUGACUGGAUCAGCGAUCGAUGGGGCGGGCAGUCUCAAAGCGAGCCUGCCCUCAACUGCAACGGAAAUGACGUCACCAUCCUAGUAGAGCCGCGGGAGCUCGAUGAGUGUAAUAACAACCUGUCGGAUGACAUCGUGGUCCUUCCUCCGGUGCCCCGGAGCAAGGCAUCCUCCAACUCCUCCUCACCUCCUCCCUCCUCACCUUCAUCGCAGUCUUCGUCACCGUCGUCCUCCUCUCCUUCCUCAACAGCAUCCAGUGAUGCAGACUCUGAUGGAACACCCUGUAAGACGGUGAAACAGCUGGCUGGGCGGAGCAACAGUGCUCACAGGGACGGCCCAGAGCACAGUCUGACCAAUCACAGAGCACAGAGUCACAGUACGGUUACACCCACAACCAGCCACAAAGGCAGCAAGCCGUGCAGACCGUUCCGGCCAAGCAGAAACUCUCCAGCUCCGCUCAGCAUCACCAGUAACAAGACUCACCCAAACAGCAAGGCAAAUCACCACGGCAACAACAAGAGGAGGAAACCCCAGCGGGAGGCCACGCAUGAGGAUUUGUGCAGAUAGGGGGCGACAUUCUCUCAGACUUGCAUCUGCUGGUAUGCCCCUCUUCACUAGGGGCUGACAGCAGUGUUAUCGUGCCCUCUUCUGUUUAACCUCUUGGGAGGAUAUGCUUUUUUAAAAGCUGUUUAAAAAAGGAAAAAAAGAACAAAAUGAUAGAAAAACACGACAAAACAAACUGGGUGAAUUUCCAGGGACUUGAAAUCAUGCAGAGCAGGAAAGGUUUUAGUUCCCUCCCCCACUAGCUUCUUUGCUGCUUCUGCCUCCUCUGCUGGAGCUGUGGUUGUCCUCUCUACUGCAUUGCACCCCCAAGUGGUCCGGAGGUGCAAAGUCUGUUGAAGAGAAAUGGAAACUCGUGGAGAAGCCCUGGACUUGUGCCUCAACAUGGAAAAACUUAAAUAAAAAAAAUAUAAAAGACUCAAAUUUAAAAAAAUGUUAUAUUAACGUAAAUGAACAAAGAUUUUUAAAGUUAUAAAGAAAACAAUUUCAAUCAGUGAAAAUUAGGGCAGGAAUUAUGCAUGAACUUUUUUUUUUUUUUUUUGGCUUGGGUUUUGUUUUUUUGUUUUUGUUUUUUUGUUUGUUUUUUUUUGAGGAGAGGAACUCAUUUGUCAUGUGCUGAGUAGAUUUAUACAAAAUACUAGCAAAAAAAAAUGCUUCUAAAUUGUAAGCAAACUUUCAUAUGGGUUUUUACAGAGUCAUCCAGACUUGCACUGUAUAGAACAUAUGCACACCAACAUUGCAACUUCACAAAGCCAAGCUGUGCUUUUGUUUGUCGCCAACACUCAUCAUCAGCAUCUAAUUGGGGUGGGUGGGUGUGUGUGUGUGUGUGUGUGUGUGUGUGUGCGCACGCGCGCGCAUGCACGCGUGUGUGUUUGCAUGUCUGAAAGCUGUUGAUGCAUAACUGUCAGUUGAUAAAUAUUGAUUCAUGUUGAUGGAUUUGCAUGAGUGUUUGAGUUUAUUUGAUGAUUGUUUUCAUAGUGACUUGUGUGAUGGUGCACAUGUGCUCACACACACACACACACACAAACACACACACACACACACACACAGUGCUGGUGCAUUCACUGGCUACUGACCCAGUACACUCUUGUUGUUCAACAGCAGCUAUAGGGAGCAGGUGUAGGUUAAAAUGUUUCAUGACUUCUAACUGCAAGAGUAUAUUUUAAAAAUUGCAAUCCAACUGUUUCUCCUAUGUUUAAAAAAAAAAAAAGCAUAUAUUCUUUACUUCUCAGUGAAAGAGGCUCCAAAUUCUAAUACUGUUAUAAUAAUUAUAAAACUGUCAGUGCAUUUACUUUUGAAAUACUUGAAAUGGCAAACUUUCAAAAUCCAUAUGAAGGCAAAAUCUAGAGCCCAUGUAUGUGUGUAUUCUGUGUCUAAUUACUGAGAUGUUUUGGAAUUUCUAAGAAUAUCGAAUGACCAAGUUACUAUAAGUUGUGAGACCAUUUUUAAGUGAAGUUCAGUUGUUUUAUUGUGUGGCUGGUCUACUUUAAAAGGGAGGGUUUUUUUUUUUUGUUUUUGUUUUUGGAUUAUUUUUUCCCUUCACUCUAUAACGGGUGGUCAUGCUUAAAAAUGCCUGUCCUAAUCUUAUUUCUGCAGUUCAUCAGAUGACCAGAAGGUGGUGGUGUAGCCCAAUUUUCGCAUAGGCUCCAGAUUUAAACGUAAUGCCUCUCUGAUUUGACUUUCUAUCUCAUGUGACCAGUUAUCUUGAUGUUAAACCUGUCCUAAGAUGUCUGUGGUUGGUUUCAAGGUGUAGUUACAAUGGCUGCAUCACCCAGUCGUGGCAUGUGUAUGACUUGUACGAAGGCUUGUGGAAGGUAUUAUAACUAGCUUGAGACAUCUGAAGGAAGCCUGGAAGCUGUGCCAUAGGGAAGCUGUACACACCAUUGCCAGUACCCAUUACUGUGGUCCCAUCUGAAAUGUAUCCAUGAUAUCCCAUGCAAUAAAAACAACAGCACAAUUCUCAAAAGAAAAGUGGUAUGUUCAUCUUGUGUGUGCACAGUAAUGGGAAUACUGGGAACAUUCUUGUCCCUGUUGGCUUUGUGCAAGUUGUCAUUUCAUGUCUGGUGUUUAUGUACUUGUCACGUUGAUUGGCAAUGCCCCAUCUUCUCUGAUGAUAUGGUUUAGUAAAUUUGAAAAGGACAAAAUAAAUUGGAUGAAUUAUAAAAUGA